AUGCUUCUCAUUCCAUACAUCUGCCUCUUCUGGCUGUCCACCAGUGGCCUGUGGGCUGUCCAGGCUGAGGACCCCAUCUCUGAUAACGACCAGAGGACCCCUCACCGUGGCUUGGCCCCCGCCAAUGUUGACUUUGCCUUCAGCUUGUGUAAGCAGCUGGUGGUCUUGGCUCCAGGCAGGAAUAUCUUCAUCUCUCCUGUGAGCAUCUCCAUGGGUUUGGCCGUGCUGUCCCUGGGUGCCAGGGGGUCCACUAGGACCCAGCUCUUCCAGGGCCUGGGCUUCAACCUCACAGAGACGCCUGAGGUCGAGAUCCACCAGGGCUUCCAGAACCUUCACCAUCUCCUGGGUGAGUCGGACACCAGCUUUGAAAUGACCAUGGGCAAUGCCUUGUUCCUUGGCCACCACCUGGAGCCGCUGGAGUCCUUCUCUGAAAACAGUAAACACUAUUACCAGUCUGAGGCCGUGGCCAUGGACUUCCAGGACUGGGUCAACGCCAGCAGACAGAUCAACGAGUACAUCAGGAAUAAGACGCAGGGCAAGAUUGAGGAUUUGUUCCCAGAGCUGGAGAGCACAGCCAACCUUAUUCUGGCCAACUACAUCUUCUUGAAAGGCACCUGGGCGCACCCCUUCGACCCGGAGCGAACCUUGGAGGAGGACUUCCACGUGAACAGCACGAGCGCCGUGAAGGUGCCCUUCAUGUCACAGCUGAACACCGUCAGGUACUUCAAGGACUCCGUGCUCCCCUGUGAGGUGAUCCAGCUGGAUUACACCGGCAACGAGACAGUCUUCUUCAUCCUCCCCGAAGACGGUGAAAUAGACACGGUCAUCAACGCGCUGAGUAGGGACACGAUCCAGCGGUGGUCCGACUCCCUGAGCCUGUGGCAUAUGUAUCUGUCCAUCCCGAAGUUCUCUUUCUCCGGAGUGUAUGACCUCAGCGGCGUACUGGCGGACAUGGGCCUGGCAGACCUGUUCACCGACCGGGCAAACUUCUCAGGGAUCACCCCAGAGGCCCCGCUGAAGGUAUCCAAGGUGGUCCACAAGGCUGUGCUGUACCUGGAUGAGACCGGGAUAAAGGGAAGUGCUGUCGCCUCUGAGGGAGGCCAGAAGUUGACGGUGAAUUCAACGGACACGCCUUACUAUUUUAAACUGAACCGGCCCUUCAUCAUCGCCAUGUUCGACAACUUCACGUGGAGCAGCCUUUUCCUGGGCAAAGUUCUGAGGCUGACUUGA